AUGCAGUCGUCCAGAGCCCCUCUCCGACCCAGGGCGCCGAAUUGGCCUCCCCAGUCGCAUCUGGCCGUCUUCGUUCGCAAUCUGCAGCUCUUGCAACUCGACCAACGUGUUGAUUGGCCCGAAAUCACCGUCCGCUCCUUAUCGCCCACAUCGCAAACCCAACAACGCCAGCGCAUCAAGGCCGUCGAAUGGGCCCUCUAUCAGCUGGUGGCUAUCUGGGACCCGGAAACCGCCCGAGACAAACUUCGUCCCUUUUUCCCGCCGCUGGAACCGCUCCAGUCGGUCAACCUCCGCGCGGCGCUGUUCCGGGUGCUGUCCGAAUUGAAGAAGAAUGGUGAACUAGGCCGGGAGACGAUCCUGCGGAAAUCCAUGCUGGAUGACUGCAAAGGGGAGAAAUUCGAUGAGAUCUUGGCGGUGUUCUCGACGACUGUCUUGCGCAAGGCUCUGGCCGAGUCGGAAGAUGAUGACUUGCGGAACCCGGCCAUGAGGAUGUCGAUGGCUCCGGGGCUGUCUCGUCAGGAGUACCAACAGAUGCUGCCUCUCAUAAUUACGCAUCGUGCGUCUCUAAGAUUGAUGGGGGACCGUCGCAGUCGCAUCCAACAUACCCACGAGAAAUUCUCCGAGCUCCUGGACCGCAAGAAGGGUCAGUUAGACGCUCGAGCCCAAGAAAACCCGCCGAUGCUCGAAGACAAUCAGGUCGACUUUGACAGCACAGCACGGGAGACUAAAGCCAAUUGGCUCGGCAGCGAAGAAUGGGCCGACGCCCUGCUCUACGGUGGCGCUCGCAGCAGUAAUGAUACGUUCUUGGAACUCCCGUUCGGCACCGCAUGGUCCAAAGCCAACGAGUCCACCGUGGAAGGUCUCACCACCAGCGCAACUCCAGAUCUCCUAGUUGACCUGGAAUCUCGUGUUUCAUUGCAGCGAGCGCGUCUACAGCGAUGGCGUCAAUACGGCAGCUCCAUCCAGAAGCACGAGCGCGUAAACUCGGCCGCUUCGUCGAACGGAUCCCCCCUGGCGUUUCGGGAUCACCAGCCACUUACCGUCGCGAGUAUCUCCAAGGCCGUUCGCCAGCCCGUGGAGCGCGUCUCCCUCAAAGCGGAAGACCGGUCCCUUCUCUUCUCCAUGACUGAAGCAUUGGCUCGCAUCAACGGGACAUCGUCACAUACAGCCACAUCCGGACGGACAGCUUCCUGGCGCGGGCCUAGCUCGCAUCUUCCUGCGGAACGUGAACCAACGGAAAAGAUACAAUCUCCUCCGCUGUCCUCGCAAGACCCGACACCCUCAGAACCACCUGCCGAACCUCACCCUCACCUCGAGGAAGUCCCCAUUCCUCCUGCAUCACCUACCGUCCAAAUCUCACCCUCACCCUCCCCUCCACUCGAGACAGACCCAUUUCCAGAACCCCAACCAAAAUUCACCGGCCUCGUCGAAAGAACCCGCAAAUCUAUGUCCCUGCUACCCCCAUCCUCUAGCAAGCCUCCCCCUGGACCCCGCGACAGCCUGCGCCCCCGACACUCCCGCAUGUCCUUCCCCGUCAACCAGUUCGAGACGCCACAGAAGCGUGUCCCGGACAUCAGCCGCGCCUCGACGCCCCAGGAUGAUCUCUUUAAGGAAGAAGCAGACUACGCGAGCGUGUUCAAGUCACGGCCUCGCAUAGCGACUAGUCCGGUGAACUCGCCGGCGGUGCAUUUUGGAGCUAUUGAUGAUUUUGAACUGGUGAGUGGUGAUGAGGGCGAGAGCGGGAUGAUUGAAGAGGAUGAUGAGGAUUUUGGGGAUGUGGGCAUUGGAUCGCCUUCGUUUAGGAGGAGGUAG